GCUGCCAGUGUGACGUAUAAUCUAGUGGACGGGACGCUCCUUCAACAACAACAGCUAGUCAGACACCUCGGUAGCUUUCUAGCAAACAUAGCUACAACAUUCACGCUCUUUACACUGUUUUGGCGUAUAUUAGUCGCUAUUACACACUUCUGUCGUAUGUACUUGUUGACUCAUUUAAUUAUAUAUUUACGUUGUUUGUCAGCUAGCUGGUUUGCUAAGUUAGCUUAGAACUAGGCUAGUCGCAAAUGCUAGCUAGCUAACAUCCCCGACCAUGAGUUCACUAAGUUUCUCUCCUCCUGCUAAAGAAGAGGCGGUCUGCUGGACGGAGAAAGAAGCUCUCGUCAAAGAGGAGGAGGAAGAGGAGGCUGUUUCAAUACAAAAACAAGUAGAGGGUGAGGCUGUUACCGUGAAAGAAGAAGAGAAAGACGUUUCAGUGAAAGAAGAGGGAGAUGCGUUCAGAGUGAAAGAAGAGGAAGAUAUGUUCAGAGUGAAAGAGAGGGAGGAUGUUACAGUAAAAGAAGAGGAGAAAGAGGAGGAUGCAGUUUUUGGAGUGAAAGAUGAGGAGGGGGAGAUUACUGUCACAUUGGAGGAAGAAGAGGAGGUUGGAGAUCUGUUAAACACCAGAGAGAGACGGGAAUAUCGUGGGUCCUCUGGGGAUCCUCAACAACCUCAUGAUGCUGACAAAGCAGAGAAGAGUCUCUCCACAUUAGAACACCUCAAGAAACACCCGGAGAGAUCCACAGGGAAGAGAUCUCACCGCUGCUUUGACUGUGGGAAGAGUUACUCAAGAUCAGGUUCACUAAAGGUACACCAGAGAAUUCACACAAGUGAUAAAUCUCACUGUUGCUCUGACUGUGGGAAGAGUUUUACUCGGUCAACCAGCCUGAUAUCACACCAGAGAACACACACAGGAGAGAAACCUUAUAGCUGUAUUCAAUGUUUGAAGAGUUUUGUUUCAUCUGGCGGCCUGACAGCACACCAGAGAACACACACAGGAGAGAAAUAUUUUAGCUGUAAUCAAUGUGAGAAGAGUUUUGUUUCAUCUGGCAGCCUGACAGCACACCAGAGAACACACACAGGAGAGAAACCUUAUAGCUGUGCUCAAUGUGGGAUGAGUUUUACUACCUCUAGCAAGCGGACUAGACACCAAAGAACACACACAGGAGAGAAACCUUAUAGCUGUAACCAAUGUGGAAAGAGUUUUGCUUCAUCUAGAGUUCUGACUGUACACCAGAGAACACACACAGGAGAGAAAUAUUUUAGCUGUAAUCAAUGUGGGAAGAGUUUUGUUUCAUCUGGCAGCCUGACAGCACACCAGAGAACACACACAGGAGAGAAACCUUAUAGCUGUGCUCAAUGUGGGAAGAGUUUUACUAAGUCUAGCAAUCUGACACGACACCAGAGAACACACACAGGAGAGAAACCUUAUAGCUGUAAUCAAUGUGGGAAGAGAUACUCUGAUAAAAGAUAUUUGAUUAAACAUCAGAAAGUACAUAUAGUUGUUUCAUGAUAUCAAUGAAUUAAUGUCACAAUGUAGAAUAUUAACACAUUGUUGUAGGAGUAUAUUAAUAAUGUCACAAUGUAGAAGCCUAAACAUUUGCCCCCUUAUCAACUGAUUUCAGCAUGAUAUGGAUAUUAGCCUUUUAACAAAAAGUGACUGACAAAAAUAGAGUCGUUACACUUACCACGUUGGUGACCCACUUGAAUCAAAAUGCAACACUUCAAAAUGUAGCGAUCUGUUUUCUACAAAUUGUCCUCUAACCAGGGAUGUACACAUUAUUCCCAGAUUCCAUGUGGUUUUUGAGCUGUUAGUUUUAACAGGACAUGCAACCUCAUCUCCCUCCUCUCGCACAAUUGAUUUCAACAUGAUAUCGAUUAGUUAUGACAUGUGUUGCGUUCCUUUCUUUAGCGACCCCUACAUUUAAAUGCAUCACUCCAAAAUGUAGCUGACUGUCUUCUAACCAGUGAGGUGAAAGAUAUCUCCUUUUCCAUGUGUUUUUUUAGUUGUAUUGUUUUCAACAUCACGUACAACCUGUUUUCCUCCCUAAUCGAUAUCAGCGAUUUAUUGCUGCUUGUGCAGUUUAUAAGGUGCUUGUUUAAAAAAAAUACAAGUAAUAUGAUUAUUGUGGCAGAUGUUUGUGUACAUAGCACAUUUUAUGUUUAGGUUUUCAAUAUAUCACAAACUGUUUCUGCAUAUUGGUUAUUGAUUUGGACACGUUAAAAGUGUGUUUUUACAUUGGGGCUAUUCCACGGAGCAAAAUGUAAUUGAAAAGAAGACUAUGCCAAGGUCCAAUAUUUGUUCGGUUGUAGUUGAAAAUAUGUAUUUUCGGGUCAUUUUUUAAAUUACUUUAAAACGUACUUUCAGUAGCCGAGUGGUUAGAGCAGUAACCGAAAGGUUGCUGGAUCGAAUCCCCAAGCUGACAAGGUAAAAUUAUGUUGUUCUGCCCCUGAACAGGGCAGUUAAGCCACUGAUCCUAGGCCGUCAUUGUCGAUAAGAAUUUGUUCUUAACUGACUUGCCUAGUUAAAUAAAAAGUGGACUAGAGUUCUUGAAGUGAGUUUUCGGAAAAUUUGAAAAAAAUAAAUCUAUUGUAUAUUAUUAAUUAGAAAUACGUGUUUUUAAUUGUUGACAGCCAGUAGACGCCAUGUUUAUAUUGGUGAAGGUGAAGCAUUGUAGUUGUUUAUAAUGUGAAAUGGAAGUUGUUUUCUGUUGGUGAUGAGAACUCAUCCAUCAAAAAUAUAGGAUGUAUUUGUUGUCUUAAAGGGGAAGGUUUUACAGGCUUUGGUUUUUCCAUUUAUGUUUUGAGGUUGGACUUUAGCACGUAUAGCUCGUUAGUAUGUAGGGCGCACUGAUUGGUGUCACCUCUUUAGUCAGUAUGUGUUACACCUGUGCUGGCUUGUCCAUCUCGUUAGUGGGAAGAUGGUUCACCUGAGCUGGUCCAGGUUCUAUUUAAGAGUGUCUGGCCCAGUGUUCCAGUUGUCUGGAUAGAUGUGGAGAGUCAACACCUUUAGUUGCUCCACCUUUUUGGUUUACUUCCUGUCUUUAAGUUUGGUGUGGGUUUUUCUUUUGUUUGCUUCUUCUUGGGUAGAUUUAGUGGGUCUCUUUUAGGUCCCAGUUGUUGUUGCUAGUCAAUUUUCAGCGGACACCCUCAGUGUCUUUCAGAACCCCUCCUAAAAAACAAGCUUAUAUGUUGGGUUGGAUAUUGCAUCCGAUUAAUAUUUUAAUCAAUGGAAUUUCCUUAGGGUGCUCAUUAGUCUUUCAGUUGUUAGUCUUCUGUUUGUUGUGUACUAAAUAUUUGUUUAUUUUCAUUGUCUUUUAUUAGUUUUUUUUCCUGUGAAGCCAAUGUGCUGUAUAAAUAAAGCUUGAUUUGAUUUCAACAACAAAAUGUUAUUUUUAUUUCACUUUUAUUUAACCAGUUAGGCCAGUUGAGAACAAGUUCUAAUUUACAACUGCAACCUGGCCAAGAUAAAGCAAAGCAGUGCGACAAAAACAACAGAGUUACACAUGGGAUAAACAAAAGUACAGUCAAUAACACAACAGAAAAAUCUAUAUACAGUGUGUGCAAAUGGAGUAAGGAGGUUAGGCAAUAAAUGGGCCAUAGUGGUGAAAUAAUUACAAUUUAGCAAUUAAACACGAGUGAUAGAUGUGCAGAAGAUGAAUGUGCAAGUAGAGAUACUAGGGUGCAAAGGAGCAAAAAUAAAUAAUUUGGGGAUGAGGUAGUUGCGUGUGGCUGUGUACAGAUAGGCUGUGUAGAGGUGCAAUGAUCGGUAAGCUGCUCUGACAGCUGAUGCUUAAAGUUAGUGAGGGAGAUAUAUAUAUGAACCCAAUGACCGACCAAUCGAAAUACUCUUAGUCCCUCUUAGUAUGAAAAUCAGUGUCAAUCCCAUGUCAAAGGAUAAACUACUGAAAUCAGAAACAAACAAAUGGAUCAACCAGAUCAAUCCCACUUUUCCACCUGGCACCUAAAUGUGACUUCUGUCAAACGAUCACGCCAAACUGCAUUAGGUUUAGAUCUACCAGGAUGGGCCUUUGACAUAGUCUGGACACAGUCAGGCCACUGAAUAUGCAUAAGCAAUGUAAAGAGAUGGGGUGAAUGGGUAGGGGAAAGUACAUUUUACACAAAUUACCUUCAUAAUAUCAAAUGUGUGUGUCUGAGGGGAUAUUAACAUUCAUACAGCCAAAAGGAUUAGAAAAUUACACCAAUAUCAGUGGACAAUUUGCACUAAUGUAAAUAA